GAAUGAUUUCCUGAUCUAAUUUCAAACAUGAUGUGACACGAUUUUUAAGAUAAUUGAGACAUAAUGACAGAGGACUGUUUGAAUAAAGUUCCUGAUGUCGAGAUUGAUUCAGGAGUAUUCAAAUAUGUGUACAUAAGAGUCUACGCGGAUGCUGGUGGGGAUGAGAGACUUGAGAAGGAUAUUGUGCGUGGAUAUACCUUUGCUGAAUACCAUGCAGAUAUUUACGACAGAAUUGACGAGGAAGUCCAAAAGCUUGGUUUGGAUUGUGAAUGCAUGGGGGGAGGAAGGAUAGAGCAUAGCCCUGAAAGGAAAUAUAUAAAGGUGUAUGGAUAUUCUAUGGGAUACGGAAAGGCAAAUCAUGAAAGGAGUAUUGAGAUCUUGAAGAAGAAAUAUCCUGAUUACAACAUGGAAUGGUCAGAUGAAGGAUAUUAACAGUUUUAAUUAACAAGAGAAAUAAAAAUGAAUAUCCCUGAGAUUGUUAAAAUUAUUUCAGA